CCCAUAAGUUAUAAAUAUAUUUGCUGAACCGAACCACAUUCAACAUGUCCUCUGGUCAAACUGAUGAAACGUUUGUAAUGGAUCUCGACGAUACGAGAAACUCGAAAGGACACGGAUUCCACUGCUACAAACAUGAUGGGGUGUAUUUGUUUGUGCUACCUCCGGAAAUGCUGAAGGGAGCUCGUCCUGUAGACAGAAUAAACAGUAUCAAAGAAGCCGAACUGAAGGACGAUGACAUCAUUAUCUGUGCGUAUCCCAAAUGUGGAACCCACUGGCUGUGGGAAGUCAUCGAGAUGCUAGUCAGUGGGACUCUCCAGCAUCAAAAGGAUGUGAAAGAGACCCGGAUGAUGGAAUUCCUCGCCAAAGAUGGAAUAGAAGCAAUGCCACAGCCACGUGUCUUCAACACGCACCUCCCUCUGCGCAUGCUCCCUAAACAGGUCGUGGAGAAGAAGAUCAAGUGCAUCCAGAUCAUGCGGAAUCCUAAAGAUGCCUGUGUGUCCUUCUUCAACCACCUGAGAGACACGAAUCCACCGUAUAAUUAUGAAGGAGACUUCGUGGAGUUUACAGAGGCGUUUUUGUCAGAGAAAAUUCCGUUUGGGUCCUACUCCACCUAUCUGCAGUCAUGGAAAGACGAGGUGGCAGCUGCACAAGGGUUACCUACCCUUGAUAUGUACUACGAGGACAUGAAAAGUGAUCCUGUCGCGUCUGUUAAAGAAGUCGCCAGAUUCCUUGGCCUUGCAUCUACAGACAAGUUCUGUGAAGACGUUGCGGAUGCUUGCUCCUUUAAGAAGAUGAAAAAAGUUGACCAGGAAAUGAAAGGUGGAUUUCCCGUAAAGAUGUGGGCAGAUGGCAAAGGAGGAACGUUCUAUAGGAAAGGUGAAAUCGGGGACUGGAAGAAUUGGUUCACUGUGGCACAAAGUGAGAGAUUUGAUGUAACAUGGAACAAGAAGAUGAAGGAGUCUGGGGUCAAGUUUACUUACACACCAGUCUGAGGACCAGUCAAAUGCAUUGGUGAUAUGUGCACCGAGAAUUUAUAAUAAUAAUGAAUUUAUCAUAACCAAGAACCAUAUAUGGAAUGUGUAAAGAAAGUUUCUUUCGUAGAACACUAAUCAGACGUACAGUGGACUGUCCGAGGGUAUUUACGAAGAUCAAUACAUCCCUUCAGAUCGUGCAUGAUUAGGACAUAGCCAUAUUCUAAUUCACAACAAAUGACACCCAAAACAUAUGGCACCUAAUUGAAUUCCUACCUAUUUUAGCUUUUUACCAUGUCCAUAGAUGCACUGACUGAUUAUAAGUAUAAGCUAACCUAGAGCAAACUGCACCGUUAUCGCGAAUUGCUCUUGAAAUGCUGUACGUUGAAUUUUAUUCACGCAGUAAAUUAUUCCCGUCCUUCAAAAUGCAUAGGGCGGUGGGAUAGCCCAGUGGUUAAGGUGUUCGCUCGUCACGCCGAAGACCCGAGUUCAAUUCCCCACAUGGGUUCGAUUUGAGAGCGUAUCGAUUCCACACAUGGGUACAAUGUGUGAGGCCCAUUUCUGGCGUCCCCCGCCUUGAUAUUGCUGGAAUAUUGCUAAAAGCGGCGUAAAACUAAACUCGCUCACUCACUCAAAAUUCAUAAUAACCUAAGCACCUGUCUUUCAUUUCAACACCUUACUGAAUUAUCUCAUUAGAAGAAUAUGUCUGAAAUAAAAUAUACAUGCUUUCAUAAACUUGCGCUUACUAUAAAACUCGCCAUCUCACGCUAUAUUUAGUUAACAAAUAGUUGAAACUCUCAACAUGACUGGACGUAUUCGCUGACCAUGUAUAACGAGAUGAUAGACUACUUUGAUAGACUACUCAGCUAAUACACACGGCAUGACCUCACCAAAAGGCUGGCGUCGAAUGACAUUGUUUUGCCAGCGUGUUUCACAAAUCAUGUCAUAGUCCGGCGGGCCUAAAGGACUUGGUGCUGAUCAUGAAUUCUAAAGGUAUGUUUGAUGUAGUCACGCCAAAGCCUUGCUAUGUAUAUAUGUGGAACCAGAAGUGGUUAUCCAUAAAAUAAAACAGUUUUUAUGCUUUAA